GAAGAGGAGACAAUAAUAUUAGUUACAAAGUACCACAUUUGUACAGAAGUCUCAUGUUCGAUGAACCACUGUUUUUCCUUCAUCAUGCUUGAUCGGGAUCAGGACGCAGAUAUCGAAGAUGGACUACGGUUAGAAGAUGUCAGUCGGCGGUCAGCGUGCGAUCGAUGCAGAACGAUGAAGACGCGCUGCGAGCGAUCUCACCACCGGGGCAUUGCACAACUGCAACAAUGCCGACGAUGCAGAGAGGCACAGGUACGAUGUAUCACAACUCUUGAGGCACAGCAGAGUCGAAAUGAAGAUAUGGACAAGCCGAUCCAAAGGAAUCGGAAACGGCCUCGAGGACCAUCCAUCGAAGCAAACCAAAAAUAUUCAGUGACUAAGACUCUCGAGAGCCUGGACGAGCGGCAUCAUGCCACACCACUAGAGCAUCGCCCUGAGCGUAUCACUUCUGAGAAGCCAUCGUCAUCUCCAAUAGCAGGUUCGCAGGGUGGACUAUUGUCAUCCCUUGAGAUCGACCGUCAAUGGCACGAACUAAGCAAAAUGGUAGAUUUAGGGGGAAGUACAAUACACAAUCUCGCCGAUGAUCAGACAAGAGCGACAGCCAUGCCGCCAACGAUCAAUGUCACCAUCCCCUAUGCGAAUCAAAACGCGGACAGUGGAACUUUCAUCGAGGCCAUGACCACCAUGUCCUCCGGAACUGUACAAAGUAUGCCCGAGGCGACGUCGUUUGACCAUAUGCCGCAGGAGACCCGCAGUCUGUUCUGGAAUAGCUUGCUCCCGCUCUCGUCGUCGGACCAAUCAGACGCACCAACGCCCCAAGUGGAAGCAAAUUGCACAAUCAUGAGCAGGCUGAUGGAAUUCAAUACGAAAGUCUCGCAUAAUCUCCGGGAAUUCAGGGAGGGAAACCGCCCCUGGAGCGACGACAACAGUAUGCUGGUGAAGACUCUGCAGCAUUCGGACGCAUUUCUCGAACUUCUAGCGAGUUUUACAUGCCCUGGGGUGGUGCUAGAUGGCAGUUCGCUGUACAUAGGAAGUGCUGGAUCCCGCCAUGAAGGCAGCACAUUGGGUCGCAGCGACAAGGUCGACACAGACGUAGCAUUGCAGUUGCUUUCAUGCCACAUGAAUGUGAGCAGCAUGUACGAAAUACUGUGUGUAGAGCUCACUAGGCCGCAUCUACGGCUCGAGGAGGCAGAGGCGCUAUCCGCGUUACGUCUGGAGGGCCUGCGGAACCUAGACGUAGAUAUGCGUGGUCAGGUGCUGUUGCAUAUCUGUUCGCUCACAUUUGUCAAGAUUCAGAAGGAGCUCGAGUUGAUUCGACAGCGGGGAAUGCUGACGCAGACAGCAGACACGAUAUUCGGAGUUGUACUUGGAGGAGGAAAUGUUAACGUUUUGAGCCCUCCAUUUGGCAUGGGACAGAUUGUAGAUAGUUUUCGUCGCCUGGUUAUGGCAAGAGGAUCAUCCUAGACUUCGAGCUUCCUCGCACAUCACCCUCUCGUUCCAAUCUCUCA